UUCUCUAUAUAACCCUCUUCUUUGAUUCUUCACUUCUUACCAAAUUAAGUCAUCUUCUGGCUAUAUCAUCACAACUUAGCGAAGAUGACUUUUAAUAUUAACUUGCUACUCGUUUUGCUUUUGGGUGCGCUAGUUUGCACCACUAGCGCUAGGAAGCUUGUGACUGAAAAGGCUUCUUUUGAGGAUGAGAAGAAUUUCUUCCACCAUGGUGGUGGCAUAGGUGGCGGUGCUGGAGGUGGUGGCGGUUUAGGUGGUGGAGGCGGACUUGGUGGUGGUGCUGGAUUUGGAGGAGGUGCUGGUGGUGGAGCUGGAGGUGGUUUAGGUGGAGGUGCUGGUGGUGGUGGAGGAUUGGGAGGUGGUGGUGGUGGAGGAUUAGGUGGAGGAGCAGGUUUUGGUGGUGGAUUUGGAGGAGGUGCUGGGGGUGGGCUAGGUGGUGGAGCUGGAGGAGGAGGAGGAUUUGGAGGUGGUGGAGGAGGUGGACUUGGCGGUGGAGCUGGAGGAGGGUUUGGUGCAGGGGGAGGUGCUGGAGGUGGACUUGGAGGUGGAUUGCCUUGAGGACACAAGGACUCGAAAGUAUCCCAAAGAUUACUAAUUAUUAUUUGCUCAACGUAGUUUAAUCUCCAUGAUGUUGAAUGAGUGCUCUGUUGCUUUCAAAGCGUUGUUUUCGUAAUUACUCUUUGAUGUUUGAUUGCUCUUGUAAUGGUUGAUUAAUGAAGAAAAUAAAAUAGUAAUAUCACCUUGAAUGAA